AUGAAACACGGAGAAUUUGACGAGGCAAUCUUGAUGCUUCAAAAGAUUCUUGUCAUAACGAAAUUGAAACAGCCAUCCAAGGGCGACAAUGGAGAAGUUGCCCGUGUUCAACGAAAGCUAGCUGAGGCUUUUGGGCUGAAAGGUGAUUUGACGGAAGCAACAAGGCUGAAAGUUGAAGCUGAAGCAAUGCGAAGAGAGAUCCAAGGACAGCAAUUCCAUGAAUUACCUGAUAAUGAUCUGAGCUACGCCAUGAUGAAUUUUCACGCAUUCUGGUAG